AUGUUUUUCUUCCUUGCUCUCUUUACCAUAGCUGUGGCAAAGCCUGUUGUAGACCACGCGGCUAAUUGUCCGUUCCCGAAUGGCACAGACAAAGCUCUGCACUCUUACAUUUGUGCAGCGGGUGAGCAGUUUACCGUGAGCUCCAUUGUGACCACGGACAAUGCUGGCAACAUGGUUUACCCCAUAGACCCGCGACAACCCUUUAUUUUGCGAUUGACCGCGUACAAUCAUGGAGCGCAGAUUGACGACAACAAAGUUAACGUGAGAAUCUUCGAGUACGAGGCCGGCAUGACUUCAGCCGACUGCGCAUGGGUGAAUGUACCGACAUUUGGACUACUAAACAACAUCGAUGGAUGUGACUACGCACACAAUUGCCCUCUGACGUCAGGACCGCUUACUCUCGACCUGCCACUGGAUUUAACCCAGUUUUCGGCUAUUAUCAAUAUCCUUGCAUCAUACCGCCCGUAUGAAUUUGAAAUCCGUAUGUUCAACUGGAACAAGGGCAAUACCAAGCACGAAGAGUUUGCAUGCGUCAUGGCUCAAGUGGAAUUGAUAUGA